ACCAUGACCACCACCACCAUCGCCCCCGUCGCCACCACUGCCCCCGUCGCUGCCCCUGCCCCCGUCGCCGUCAGCACCGCAGCCCUAGCAGCAGCAGCCGCAGCCGCAGCCAGCACGCAGCUCGUCCCACCUGCUGCGCUCGAAGCGUCCUGGAAGCCCUCGCACCAGCAGCAGCAGCAGCUCCCUGCAAACCCAAACACCCACCCCAACGGCUACAACGACCCCGAUGUCGAGGGCGAGGGCGAGUCCGAGGCCGAGACGGUCGUCCUGUCGCGCGACGAAAACCCCCCCGACGCCAAGCUGAUCAAGACGGAGCGCGUCGACGACGACGAAGACGACAACAACCACGACGACGACAACCAUGACGACGACAACACGACCGCCCACGACGCGACCCGCCUGCGCUCCAUCAAGGAGGAGCCGCGCGCCCACUCGCCCCAGCCCAACGGCCGUCAACGGCCCGGCUCCCACGUCAAGAUUAAUGGCGCAAAGACGUCUGUCCCCUCGUCCCCCAACACGCGCACCAAAGACACCAGCCCCAACCAUGUCGCCAAAUCCCGUGGCCGCAGUGCCUCGACCGCCGACAACCGCAAGCGCAAGCUACGCGACGACUCGUUCCCCUUUGAGCCGCCGCGCCAGAAGCCCAAGACCGACACGCCCGCCUUUGGCCGCUCCCACAAGCGUUCGCAGUCGACGCAGUCGUCCGCCACGGGCAUUGCCGGUCGCAAGCGUCGCGAAGUCACCAAUCUCGCCUUGUCAAACGAAGAGCACUGGUCGGGAUCUAGCUCAGACCACUCCACCUCACCCCAGCCCAUGUCUGCGCCCUACAUGCAACAACACGCCCGUGUCAAGCGCUCCACGCACCGUGCCCUAACCUCUCCCGCGCGCACCAUGCCCCAUCGAAAGAUUGAUCGCUUUGGCGCCACCCGCCUCGCCCGAGAAAGUGAAAAGGGCGACUUGGAGGCUGUCAAAGAGGCCUACGAAGAGGCCCCAGAAGAGCUGGAUCAACCCGACUACGCCGGAAUCACUCCCCUGCAAAAGGCCUCGCUGCACGGCUGGGCGCCCGUGGUCCGGUAUCUGAUCAGCAAGGGCUGCCGCACUGACUGCGAGAGCCAUGACCGCGACACGCCGCUCAUUGAUGCAGUCGAAAACUCGCAUUUGGAUGUAGUCCGACUGUUGCUCAACCAAGGCCAAGUCAAUCCGCACCACUCGAACAAAAAGGGCCAACGUGCCAUUGAUGUUCUCGACCACGAGGACGAAGACGCGCCAGAGAUUGAAAAAGAACUACGCGAAGCAAUGAGAAGACGGGUGGAUACCUCGUCCAACGACCAAGAGCAGUCACAGAAACAAGCAAAAACUGCCUCUCGCCUCUUGUACAACGAGUUCAAUGUUGAAACCCUCAUCGAAAAGGCCGGCGACGGCGAUAUUCUGGCUGUCGGGGAAUUAAUAAAUAGCAACAUCAAGCCAAACAUUACCUGUGGAGUGGCGGCGGCAAGGGGCGGCCAUUACGACAUUCUCAGCAUCCUCCUAGCAAGUGGCCUCAAGGCCGAUCCCGACCCAUCCAAGCAUCCAGAGACGCCCAUGACAGUUGCGAUUGGGCGUGGAUACCUGAAGAUCAUACAGUUACUUCUCGAGCAAGACAACUUCAAUCCGACCCGCAGAAACAAAGACAACAAGACAUACUGGGAAAUCUCAGAAGAACGACAUGGGCCGAAAUGGGAGGAAGAGAGGGACAUGUUGAAGCGUGCUUGUGAAGAAUACCAGAAAACACACCGAAGCCCGCGAAGAACGAAAAAAGAACCACCGGUCCCUUCAGCCAACCGCAUCAAGAGAAAAGCAUCCCCGCGACGAGAGCGUUCGUCUUCGCCUCAGGCGGAGCCGAAACGCGCCAACCUCGCAAAAUCUACUACAGUGUCCGCCGCACCUCAAAAGUCACGACGGCUAAUGUCUGGAAAAGAAAAGGCCUCUCGCGAAGGCCAGAGGAGAAAACGUGUCGUAGACGACGAUUCAUCCGAGGAAGAAAGCGAAGAGGAUGUACGGCCUCCUACACGCAAAGCCAAGCGGCGGUCCUACAGCGAAGGCGAGGAGGCAAAACCGGUCAGAAAGGCGCUGAAGGCGCGCUCAGACGACAACGAAUCCAAACGCCCGGUUCGUGAACGGUCAGACGAGAGUGAUGAGGACCAUGGUACGAAGCAUCCAGUCAAGGCACCCGUAAAGCCAGCCAAAUCGCUCAGCGCCAAGCCAACUCCCGAAGUCGAUUCGCCCGACGAGCGAAAAGUCGUCAAGAACAAGAUCAAGUACAAGACCAUGGAAGACAAAUUACGAAAGCGAAAGCUGUCCGACGCAUCCGCCGACGAUGCCAGUGUGAAGCGAACUCCCACCGCAUCUGCCAAGUCGACGCCUGCCCCGCCCGAAAGGACAGCAACACCCGAAGUUGAGCGUCAAAGGCGUCUGGAAGAGCAGCAAGCGCACGCGGAAGCGAAACGAAAAGCGGCCCAGGCAGCGGCCGAGGCCGAGGCGAAGAACAAGGAAGCAGAAGAGGCCGCUCGCAAGGCCGCAGAAGUAGAAGAGUCGAAGAAGAAGGCCGAGGCGGAAGCGGAGGCACGACGCCUGGCAGAAGAAGCCGAGGCUGCCCGUGUCAAAGAAGAGCAGGAGACGCAACGACGAGCAGAAGAAGAGGCUAGGCGACAAAAGGAACUGCUCGAACGCCAGGACCGCAUAUCAAAACUCCCGCGAGCUUUACGCCGAGCCUGCGAGCUAGGCACCAACCGACCACUUCACUUCUCAGGCGAAGAACUCGGUGUCUCGGCCGUGUUUCUACCACUCUUCUACGCAAACGCCUCGGAUCUCAACGAUUCACAGGCUGUGCCCGACAAGACGUACGUUUGCUCAUUCCAGGUGGUGGGCAUACUUGGACUUCCCGAGCUCGAUUUAGCACAUCUCAGCGCGCCCUAUUCCGAGUGGACUCGUAUCCCUGUUAAUCGCACACAACGCGAUGCCAUCCUUCGACAAUACGACGUUGCACUUCUAGCCCAAGAUUUCCGAUUCCCCAUGGAAGGUGCUCCAGACUUUGACUAUACAAAAAUUCAGGAAAGCAUCAAGGAAGCCAAGAACCAAUUCACAGUCAUGGAAGGUCUAUAUUGGGUUGAGGAGUCGCUCCUUCACGCCGAAGUCGACAAAGUGGAAAGCCUCCGUCCGUUGUUGCAUUACAUGCGUGCUGAAUGCAAGCGGCGACGAAUCCAUCUAGCUGAUGCCAACGAGGAGCUACCAGAAAAGAAGCACAAGCCCCGCAAGAGUUUCAUGGAUAUUGUUCUCUCAAAAAAUGGGGUUACGCCUGCAGCUGCCACCGUCAUGAACGGCAACGGAUGAAGUCGCAGGCGUCCAUGCUCACAAGUUGUAAAUUGGUUUAGAAUGGUUCAGGCAGGCUAUUGCAUAACCGCGCCAGCAGAGAGCUCCGGCAGGGAACAACGACAGAGAACACCGGCAGCAGAGCACAUGAACGUCUAUCAAGGUUGUGGAGUGAGUCCACGGCAAGAUGAUAUGUGGAGGACUGCCGCGGAUUGCAUUCACUCGCCUCCAUGGUCUGUUUGGCAUGGGGCAAACACCCAAUUUGUAGAAGGGCCACGGCGUUCCGAUUGUCGGUAUGCGGAGUCAGUGGGGUGUACUGUUGAGAUGGAUAUACUGGAGCCCCAAAGGCUGUUUGUACAUGACGCAUCAACCUGAUGGCACAAAGGGAGGGAGGUUUACGUGCGGAGUCAUGAAUCGACGAGCACUUAU